GCAUGCGCGGGCCGUGCAGAGGGCGGGCCGGUUUCCGGCUGCGCUUGGGGCUGCAGGCCCCGGCAGGCGCUGCGGCCGCCGAAAUGGAGACUUUGUACCGCGUCCCGUUCCUAGUUCUCGAAUGUCCCAACCUGAAGCUGAAGAAGCCUCCGUGGGUGCACAUGCCGUCCGCCAUGACGGUGUACGCCCUGGUGGUGGUGUCCUACUUCCUCAUCACCGGAGGAAUCAUUUAUGAUGUUAUCGUGGAGCCGCCGAGCGUUGGCUCCAUGACCGACGAGCACGGGCAUCAGAGGCCGGUAGCUUUCUUGGCCUACAGGGUGAAUGGACAGUACAUCAUGGAAGGCCUGGCCUCCAGCUUCCUGUUCACCAUGGGGGGGCUGGGUUUCAUCAUCUUGGACCGAUCCAACGCACCAAAUAUUCCGAAGCUCAACAGAUUUCUUCUUCUGUUCAUUGGAUUUGUCUGUGUCCUGUUGAGCUUUUUCAUGGCCAGAGUAUUCAUGAGAAUGAAACUGCCGGGCUACCUGAUGGGUUAGCGCCUUUGGAGAAGAAAUCAGCGGAUUCGCUCCUGUUGAAGCGUCAAAGGCUGUACGAGUCCUCUCCUGUGAAACGUGAGAAGAGAUGAAGGGCAGCCAUGAGGAAGUACUGGCGAAAACACAGGAGGUGUUUAAAACUCGGACUAGAAGCUUUUGAUAUCAGAGACAAGUUUAUCACAGUAUUUUUUUUUCUGCUGACCCAUUCUGAUGUGAUGUCAAGUGGCAUUUUCUUCUCAGUCUUUCAUUUGUUCAAGAAAACAUUCUUAAACUUCUUAAACUGCAAUAUUGAAUAAAGUGGUUAUUUUUUACAAGGCCCUCAGCAUUUUUGGAGAUGCCGUUUCUGAUUUCUAGAAAUGAAUGUAACAGCAGGAAGCAGAUUCUGUGGCCGAGAGCUCUGGCCAGCCGAUCCCUUCGCCGAUGGUGCUCUGCCUGCAGUCGGCGUGCACGGUCAUACUGUGUCUCAGACGUGCGUGCAGACUGUUUCCUCCACAGUAAAUGGAUAAAAGGAGCAGAAAUAAAUACUUUUUCUACUUAA